AUGGAUAUGCUGAUGACAAGCCUGGAAAUUAAUGUGAUUUUGGCAACUUCUGACAUUUUAUUAAGAUUCCUGUACACGGCUUCAGGGGAAUUGCUGCUGUCAGUGAGGAGCGGGCUGGCGCCACCGGGCAGCCGGACGUCAGAGGCAAAGCCCGACUUUGCUGUCGGCCACCAAAGCUGCGCAGACUUCUUAACCCGGCUGGAAAGCAAGACGUGGUGUCUUACGGCGAGGAGCAUCGUUCUUAAGUACUGGCAGAGAGAUAGCAAGACUGACAGUGGGAAAGGGCAGCUGACUAUUUUCUCUCUUCUGGCUUUUAUUUGUGAAGAAAUUGUGGAGGAUUGUAUCACGUGUGGUGGACUUUACUUCUUUGAAUUCACAAGCUGCAGUGCCUUUUUUUUGAGCCUCCUGAUCCUGUGCAUGUAUUGCACUGAUACAUAUGAAACAUUUGGAGAAGAUACAGUAAGGAGAGUGAAUUUUGGGGCCGUGGUAGCCAUAUGUCUCUUUUUUCUGUUAGCAUCAAUAGUGCUUGCUGCAACUGGCUCUGGGUCUGCUGUUGAAAAAGCUGCAUUUGUGUUUGGAUUUCUUGCAUUUGCUGCAUUUUUAGCUGAAAUUAUUGCAGAGUGUUUUUACAUUUGGAAACAAAACAUCGAUGGACGCUCUGAAAAUCCUGGCAACACUCAGAGUGCCACAGAAAAUCAACCACUGAAUAAAGCAAGCUAACUUUCUGGAAUUACUUCCCUUUUUUCUUUUUGAAUGGAGCAAACUGAAAUGAACUUUCAGUGCACUGUAGGUAACAACUUCUCUCUCUUCCUUCUAAUCAAUUUUGUACGCAUUGCUCAUCACAAAUUUUUAUAGAUCCUUCAGUCACAUAAUGGCAUCUUGAGCAUCAUAUUCUAAGGUAACUGGUCCUGCUUAAUAUCUGGUCCUGCCACCUGUCCAGGUGACGUACACUGAAAAAACUUGUGUCUAAAUAGAAUAACUUAAGGACAAGAGCGUGCUGAUUUGAUUUUUGACAGAGGUGACUAAUAAAGGUUAAUGUGUGAUAAAUAAAUUCUGAGCUGUACCCUAAAGAUAUUUUCUGUAUAAAUGGACCAGACACUUCUGUUACAAGUUAUAAAUUAGUACAGCAAAAUUCAUUCUUGUACUUACUGGUCAAACUGAAUGUAAAAGGGACACCUAACUGGAGCCUUACAGGAACACUUAUCCUUACAUAGGGGGGGUUUGUUUUGUUUUUACUACUCACGUCUCGGUUCUGUCUGUGGAGAUCAGUUUAAUGGAAUAGCGCGUGUAGGGGUUUUAUGGAGAGGGUAACGUAACCGUAUAUUAAGGAGACCGUUUUGCACCCCAUGGCCAUCAAAGUUUGGACUUGUAUGCCAGAAUCUUCUUUCGGAUUGUUUCAAAAGCUGUAAAAGUUGCAGGAAGAAACUUGAAAAACCAGCAGUGAGAGGAAAAAAAUGAAGAAUAAAUAUUUUCACGAAGUAACCCAAAAAGUGGCAAUCUGAACAUCAAGGGGAAAAAAAGUUACAGCACGUUGGUACUGUCUUGGUGAACAUUACCUGUGAGGUUAAUACCAUAUGCAGCUUGUUUAUGCGUAGCAAAUGCUAAGUUUUGCCAGAAUGGUUAUGGACCCCACCAUUUUCUCUGUUUAUAAAUACAGCACUGGCUUGAGACUUCUUGCUACUGACUAGGUCAGUUGGUAAACAGGUAAAUAAGCACUUGCAGCCUUGAUUUGUCUUAAAAGUGACAGGCUGUAGGACUGCAAGAAACACUACUGAUGCAACAUAUAUCAGAUGAGUGACGGACAUAUCAGACAAGAUGUUGAUGGCGGUAAAAGAAAUGAAGUGGUGAAAAGGCAUUUUUCAGAUGUCUGCGGUAGAAGCAAGACUAGCAAGACCGCUAGACUUCACUUAAGAGGAAAGACUUCAAAAGUAGGGCAAAUUGCUGUAAGCCUGGAGAUGCUCCAAAAGCUCCAAAAUACCAAAGUAAAUGAGAAAAAGCUGAUUAUGCAAAAAACAAUUCUUGCUUGAGUGCUGAUGACAUUUGCUGUGUCUUCCAGGCGCUAACUCCAUUUCAUCAGUACCCUAGUCUGACAAACUUAUAGUCCUGUAACCUGUUGUGACAGCAUUGAGACUAAGCCCUCCAGAAAUUGGCUGAGCAAGCCGCAUUUGGAAAAGGAUGCGGAGGCUGUUGUAAGACAAAGGGUUGUAAAAGAAGGUCAGAGCUUUUUUCCAGUGCUGCCACUUUCUGAUGAAUGUGAGUUUGUGAUUGCUCUCUCUAAGCUCUGAGACUUAAGCCUAACACUACACUUUCCUUGGAGGAUGUAAAAUUUUGACAGGUGGUGUGAAGCAUCAAAUUUAAACUGUAGCUUGGUUUCAGAGCCAUGUAUAAAAGACAUACUCUCUUCCAUAGAAUUUUCUGCCUUGUGAAGAAAUAAUACUCUUUGGACUGGCUUUUUCCCCUUGUAUUUAUUAGUGUCCAUUUGCACUAGAACCCGACCUCAGCCUAGGUGUACAGAGCUUGCUGUAGCUGUCUCUGAAAACUGGAUAGACUAGAGAUGGUUUGUUUACAAGCAGUGUUACUGGUGACUUGCCUUAAUGAGGAAUGUCUCUUCUCUGAUUUGCAGUGUCUUUCUUCGGGGAUUGUGUCUGUAUCUAUUAUUAAUAUUCCAAGAGAAUUUUUUUGUUUUUUCAUUGCCUGGGAGCCUACUGAAUUUGGUUUUACAUCAAAAUGUUUGUAGUCUCUAAAUCUUGAUCUACAAUUAAAAGCUAUAAAUAUAGUGUAAGGGUAACACUGUGCUGCUGAUAUUUAUUAAGCAAUGCAGCACUACGAUGAGACUGUUAUCAUUGGUAAUUUUUCUUGUAGUUUUUCUCAGCUUGAAUUUACAUGAAGGGAGUUCUGGGUUUUGGUUACAUUUUCUAUAGACUUUCCCCCACCAAAAUGCUUUGUUACUGGUGUCCAUUCCUGAAUUGAAGAUACUGGUACUGAAAAGGAUCUGUAAAGUCAUCUCUCUGCCUUGGCUCCCUAUUGAUGAUACCUACUGCUGAUACUUCACAGAGGAACCGAAAUACAGAGCAAGUUAUCUUUAUGACAAGGUGCCACGAUGAGUUGGUGUCAGAAGAAGGUGGCUCUGAGAGAGAUCUCCUAACUCCCGUGAUCUAUUAGGCCUUUUGAAGCAAAUACUGCCAACCUUUGCAGAAUGGUUUGAUGGAUUCUCCUACUACACAUGUGCUGGCAUCCCUGGCGUGUUUUGGGUUGUUAGAGUGAGGGGGUUUUGACGUAUUCUUCGCUUUCAUUUUAGCUGUUCCAAGUAGGUAGUUUAUACCCAUUCUCUCCCUAACUGACUGAUCCCUGUAUAGAUUUGAGGGUCGGAUUCCAUCUCUGACUGAAGCAAGGGAUGCAAGCGCUGCCGACUGCUAAUGGAAACAGCAAAUGAUAGUCUCUGGGGAAACUGGUAGUUGUUUUCCUAUAUGUCACAGGAGCUUACAAAUAGGAGGAGUCCUGCUUUUCUUUGUAACAAUACCUAUUGCUCCAUUCCAGAUACUGUUUAGCUGGCAUUAAUCUGUCACGUAGUAGUUAAAUACUACAAGCACACAAGUCACAUAUUGGUUAUAGGUUUAAGGCGAGCGCUAAAUUGUUGCUCCCAAACCAGUUGUUGGCCAACAAGUCAGUUUCUGCGUGGUGGUACUAUUAAUCCUAGGCUUCCAUGUAUGAGAUGUUCUUUUUGUUCUGUUUUAAGUUAGCUGAGAAGCAGGUUUGCUAGUGUGUAUGCUGUUCCCUGCUUCUGUGAGGCCGUUUUCUUAACUGCUUUAUCAGCUUCCUGAGAUGAAGGGGCAGGGGUGUCCCCCUUCCAGCUCCUCUGCCCUCACAGCCCUGGGGGGGCAGAGACUUGCUUGCUGCCAUGGCUGAGCAGACCAGUCUCCUGCAGUCUUGAUGUGCCCCCUUUGACGCUUCUGGUGCUGGAUUCAGGACUUUGAGUGUCUUGUCUUUUUAAUCAGACUGAUCCUAGAGAAUGGCGUUGGAGAUGGAUUAAACAUCUGGUUUUGCAGGAGCUGUGCGUGCCUGUGGCUGGAUGUCUCUUACCCCUCCCGUGCUCUGUCAGCAAAGCCGACUGCUUGUUUCCCAGACUGCUUCUGAUGAAAUCAGCCUGCUUUAUUUAAACCAGCUAUUUAAAUUGCUUACAUUAAGUUGGCUGAUUUUAACUGAAGUGGAUUAGGGGUUGUUUAGGAGAGCGGUGGGAGCUCUGGCAGAAGCACCGUUACAAGCCUUAAAUGUCGUCAUCUGUUUGCAAAGUAGCUGUCUCUCUAUAAUCUUAACUGGUAGUACAACCUGUGGAAAGAAGCAACUGCCCCAGUACGUCUACCUGGACAUUGUUUUCUCCCUUCUUCACCACGGUGCUUGGCAGUGGUGCUGCAAGCCUGCUCAGACACAUUAAAAGCUUUUGUCUUUCCCACUUGAGCCCGUCAAAAAAUACUUAAAGGCUCUGCUCCCACUUUCAGGCUUUGUUUACAGUACCUUGAGAAUCAGUGCAGAGGAUUCUCCAGGACACGUGAGGACUUGUCAUGAAGUGGCUCGACUGUUUCUGCUCUGAAAAUCUGAGCAUGCAUUAUGUAGAUUGUGAAUGUUAAUUUUUGUGUUUGGUGUUUAGCCCACAUUAAAAUCACAGUGCCCUUUGGGUUCUAAAUACGUGAAGGAAUUGUGCCUCCCUGCUUGCACACUGUGCUUAAAAAUAGCAGGGAAGGAUUGUGAUCUGUUACAAUUGAGUUCUACCUUUGCACCCUCCAACUUGAAAAAGCAGUGAGCUAUCUCGCACACUUCUCGGAGCUCUGCCCAGUUUUUUGCAUAAUGGCCAUCAUGGUGAUCCUCCUUCAAUUUGUGCAAUAAAAAUACCAAACUUUCUACACUGAAGGGAAAGAAAUACUUUGUGACAUUUUUGAAAGGCUAUAUGUAAAAUUGUAAUGAAUCAAGAUGCUGGUGGUGCCUUUAAGAUGGGAAUUCAACUUUGUUUUAGACUAUUGCUGUAAACAUAAACAGAUCUCUAGAUACUAAAUUCUGUGCUGUUCAGAGCUAUCUAUCACUUUUAAUACCUUUGAGAAUUUAAGUGACUUUUAAUGAUCAUUAAAUCAGGAUGAUAAUACAGUAUUUUUAUACAUAAAAAAUGAAAAAUGUAUAGUUUUGUUGCCAGUGUUGCCUUGAAUUUCCAUUUAAAUAAUUUUGAAAUGCUUAAAUAUUUUUUCCAUUCUAAAC